GCUCUUGCUGGCUACUGGUGCUUGUCGGGCGGAGCGUUGCAGUCAUGGCGCACGCCACAAGCAGUAGGACAAUCAGCAAGGAUGAUGUGAAUUAUAAACUGCAUUUCCGCAUGAUCAACGAACAGCAAGUGGAGGAUAUCACCAUAGACUUCUUCUACAAGCCUCACACCAUCACCCUGCUCACUUUCACCAUCAUCAGUGUCAUGUAUUUCGCUUUUACCAGGGAUGAUUCAAGCCCGGAAGACAAUAUAUGGAAGGGCGUACUUUCCGUGGUGUUCUUUUUUCUAAUUGUAAGUGUUUUAGCAUUCCCUAAUGGUCCUUUUACCAGACCACAUCCAGCAAUAUGGAGGAUGGUAUUUGGCCUCAGCGUGCUGUAUUUCCUUUUUCUGGUGUUCCUGCUGUUCCUGAACUUUGAACAAGUGAAAUCUGUCAUGUAUUGGCUAGACCCUAAUCUACGCUAUGCUACUCGUGAAGCAGAUGUGAUGGAGUAUGCAAUCAACUGCCAUGUCAUCACGUGGGAGAGGAUUCUCAGCCAUUUUGACAUCUUUGCAUUUGGACACUUCUGGGGCUGGGCUAUGAAAGCGUUACUUAUACGUAGCUAUGGGCUCUGCUGGACUAUUAGCAUCACUUGGGAAUUAACUGAGCUGUUCUUCAUGCAUCUGCUGCCAAACUUUGCUGAAUGCUGGUGGGAUCAAGUCAUCCUUGACAUUUUGCUCUGCAAUGGAGGUGGUAUUUGGCUUGGUAUGGUGGCCUGUCGCUUCUUAGAAAUGAGAACCUAUCACUGGGGAAGUUUUAAGGCAAUUCACACUACCAGUGGAAAGCUGAAACGAGCAGUGCUGCAAUUUACUCCAGCCAGCUGGACAUAUGUUCGCUGGUUUGAUCCAAAAUCUUCCUUUCAGAGGGUGGCUGGAAUUUACCUCUUCCUAAUUAUCUGGCAGUUGACUGAACUGAACACCUUUUUCUUGAAACACAUCUUUGUGUUUCAAGCGGGCCAUGUACUGAGUUAUGGUAGAAUUCUCUUCAUUGGUGUGAUCACAGCUCCAACUGUACGGCAGUAUUAUGCUUACCUCACUGACACUCAGUGUAAAAGAGUUGGGACACAGUGCUGGGUUUUUGGUGCCAUUUCCUUUCUGGAAGCAAUAGUGUGCAUCAAGUCUGGUCAAGAUUUAUUCUCCAAAACUCUGGGAUUAUACGUCAUUCUUUGGCUUAUUUGUAUGGCUUUCAUUACCUUCCUUUGUCUUGCUGUGAUGGUAUGGUACGCUGAACACUUUGGGCAACGUGAAAAGACCCUUUCUGAAUGUGAAUGUGAAGAGACAAUCAGCAGCACUGAUUCCUCACCAUUACAUUCUGACACAUAUGCUAAAGGUGAAGGAAACUCUGAAGUCUUGCACCUGAAUGCAGCAGACAAGGGUGUAACAAAACGGAAAAAAGUCUCUGCUAAAAGUAAAGUGAGUAAUGGUCUUGGCAGGAAGUAAGGUGGUUUCAGAUAGAUGGAGACUGCCUUACACAAGGAAAUUUGGAGCUGGAUCCAAAAGCAUUUGGAAUACCAAUGAGCACAAGGAAAAGACUGUCUCUGGAAUUGUUGUUGUUUUAGUGGCCAAGGGCUGGUGCUUGAAGACUAAGCAGUUUUACUGUUUUGCUAUAGAUAAUAAUUCAUAGGCUUACAUAAUAAAAUGUUCCUAUAUUGGAUCUUGCAUUUUUUUUUAAAAGUUUGAAAAGUAAGGAAGAAAUGCUGGAAGCCUUUUUGUAUUUUUAUUAAAAACAUUUUAAGUUAUCGCAGAAAUUUUUUUAGGUUACUGUGACUACGGCAUUAAAAAACAUUGACCUCUAUUUAGUUAGCAUGUAAAAUUAACAAGCAAUAUUUAGUAAAGCACAUGCUUAAUGCACUUUCUGACCAGUAUCUGCUGCAACAUUAUCAUUCUAUACAUUUGCCAUGUACUGAAAUCAUACCGUUUUGGGUAGAGCAUGCUUCAGUUGUACAUAUUGAUUGUAUGAAUUGUUGUAUUGGCUGAUUCCAAUUUUCACUGAUCAAAAUUGCUUAAAACUGCUUGGUUUAUGAAGGUACCACCCUUGCCAACUACUUAUGAUUUUAUAAGUUUAGUUCCGGAUUGAUUUUUUUCUCAAAUAACUUCUAAUUCUUGAACAUUUCACCUAUUUUUACCCAAUAGAUAAUAUAUACACAAAAUUGAAAGAGGGAUACAAUGCCAAUCAAUUACUGCUGUACACUUCAAUCCAGCUAAAGGGAGAAAUCCUAGUCAGUUUUGUGUGCGUUAGUGUUUAAUAAUUGAUAUGUAUCAUUGUAUAAUCUUGUCACUGUUUUGAAGGGAAUGAAAUAUAUAUUAUUCCUGCUCCAUCUUUCAUAAGAACAAGUCAUGGAUGAAGGUAACUUGUCAUCCUAAGCAAAAUGAGAUAUAAAAUUCUUCCUCCAAAUGGAGUAUGGAUUACUAAUUUUUGUUUUUAGAUCAAUCCCUUUGUAAGUUUUAUAUGCAGUGAGAAUAAUGUUACAGAAGAUUGGUUUGGUGAAAUGCAAGACAAUGCAGAAUCUGUUUGUAAAAUGAUGAUCUGAAUCUGAGACCAUGUGUACUUUUGAACUACUAGGUGAUACAGUAUACUAUCAAAAGCCCAAACACUGUUCAUUUGCUGCAGUAUGCACAGUGUUACUUGUAUGAUGAACCUAUCAUAAAAUGAAAUUUCUUAAGAAAACUGUGACUGUCUUUUCUCAGGAAAAUGUUACAUUUGUGAUACUAACAAAUAGACAGUGGCUCCAAUAAAACACUUGGAAAAUAAAAAA